AUGGGCAUCAAAUCACUCAAUCUUACUACACCUCACAAGAGCACAUAUGACUUUGUCGAAGAUGAAAAUGAAUGCCCCGGUGGACAUUACAGUGUUACACCUGAUGAAGUCUUUCAUGGGGAGAAAACGAAAUAUCAAGUGAUGCUCAAUCUACACUUUGGCGACAAAUCAACUGUCUGGGUGUGUCAUGACUACGACUUGGCAGUCAAAUAUUGGGCACUGAAAAUUCUCAGCGUUGAUGCUUCCAACAACACUCGAGAGCACUUAGUAGAAGACUACGUCAAAAAACCUCUCGACAGGCUCGAAGAAGAAGAGCAAAGAUGCCAGCUAAAGAAGUCCAUUUGCCUUCCAGUUGAUAAGUUCCUUGUUAGAGGUCCAAAAGGAAAUCAUCAGUGUUUCGUUUACCCUCUCCUGGGGCCACAGGCUCAGCCUGGUUGGAUGUCAACGCUCUCCAAGAUUCUAAAGAAUAAAGAUGGCUUCUCCCCCAGCAAUGGCCUGUCCCCCAGUGAUUACAAGUCAUUCUCGAGAACGUACUAUCAGUUGGCCAACGCAGUGAGGUUUAUCCACUCUCAACAACUCUGUCACGGCAGAAUUAUCCCUGGCAGCGUUUUACAUUGUAUCCAAGGACUCGAUGGCAAGAGUGUCAAUGAUGUAUGCGCUAUUCUCGGGGGUGGGAGAGGAAGAGCCAUGGCAAUGAUAGACCAAACAAGGGAGGAAUCCCGCGGGCCGGUAAAAAGAAUUCACAAAGGAGCCAGCGACUGGAAAUCGAGAUCCGUAUAUUGGGAUGUUCCACUUAUCCUGAAACACCUUACAUCGGAUAUUGCACUAAUCGGUUUUGGCCAAUGUUUUCUCCAGUCAAGUCCGCCAUCGACACUAGAUAUCCCAGAAUCAUACCAGCCUCCGGAGCUCAUGUUGAAAGGUAUUCUUGGCCCAGGCACAGACCUCUGGGCCCUGGGCUGUACGCUGUACGAGCUCCGUAUGGGUUUCCCUCUCUUGGACUUUGGAAGCACCGAUCGCAUAGAACAAUUGCAAUGCAUAGUCCAAACUUUGGAAACUUUGGGUGGUAAUGUUAAGGAUCUAGAAAGCUAUGGCUGCCCGGACAUAAAUAUUUCCAGGCUCAGCGAGUCCAAAUUUGUUCCAGCAUUGAGUGAACAGCUCGAGGAACGUACCAUAACGUUCCUGUUUAAUGAUCCUCCUGUUCCGUACGAACGGACCGUGAUGGGUCGUUCAACGGAACGAAUAGCUUUUCGAAAUCUAUUAAGAAAGCUUCUCAAAUACGACUACGAAAAGCGAGAAGGGGCAGAAGCCAUUAUCAAAGAUGGUUGGGUAAGAAAACAGCGUUUUCUUCCCAAACGUCCUAGUCGCAGACGCUACAGAACCAAAAUGCUUGAAACAGAAAGUCAAAGAUAA